GAUACGUUCGUUUUCUGCGUCCAUGUCUCUCACUUCCGCUUGUAAGGGUUUGCAGGCCAAAGAAGCGUUUCUAAGCACCAGCCCAGGACUCAGCCGAUUCAUCAAAACGGCCUGUAAACAUUGCAAAAUUGGUAGUGCAGGCUAACGCUGGAGUCUUUCAAGAUGAGCUUCCUCUUGCCCAAACUGACUAGCAAGAAAGAAGUGGACCAGGCCAUCAAAAGCACUGCGGAGAAGGUGUUGGUUCUCAGGUUCGGGAGGGACGAGGACCCUGUCUGUCUGCAGCUGGAUGAUAUUCUCUCGAAGACUUCUGCCGACUUAAGUAAAAUGGCUGCUAUUUACCUGGUAGACGUGGACCACACACCAGUCUAUACGCAGUACUUUGACAUCAGCUACAUUCCAUCUACUGUGUUUUUCUUCAAUGGGCAGCACAUGAAAGUGGACUAUGGGUCUCCCGAUCACACUAAGUUUGUGGGAAGCUUCAAAACCAAACAAGACUUCAUGGAUUUGAUUGAAGUCAUCUACCGGGGAGCAAUGAGGGGGAAACUUAUUGUCCAGAGUCCUAUUGAUCCCAAGAAUAUCCCCAAAUAUGACCUCCUCUAUCAAGACAUUUAGCACACUCACAGCUGUUGAAGAUGAAAGAGUCGUGACUGGAAACAGGGCCUGAACCCAGAGGGCCUGUGGUCUGGAGUCCUGCAGAGACACAUUCACUGGCCCUGCAAAGCCAUUUGAUGUGCUGUAAUCAACGGCCCCUGCACAGAAGCCCCAGUACUCCAAGAAUCCGGAUGCCUGAGUGUCCAUUCCCUGAGAGCCUCAGAGCAGUCAGGCAACAGUGUUCGGGUGGUCUUUGUAACUUCCUUUUAUCUGGACUUGUCUUUCCCCCUUAAGGUCAUGCAUCCUCCUAGACACUGUAAGAACAGUUUGUGCAUACAUGUCUGUGCAUACACACACACACACACACACACACACACACACACACACACACCCUUCCCCUUCCCCAUGCCUCCAUUCACUUGCCUCUUUUGCUCCUUCCUAUCCCAGCUUCUCUUGAAAUAAUGAACAUUCUGUAGUACAGGAGAGUUCUUUUGUUUUCGGAACCUUCCUGGCAUGGACUGAAACCACUGCCCUAGGCGGUUCAUUUACAGCUGGCAGGCUAUUAAAUUGGCAAGAGGAAAAUGUGGCCCUUCACCAUCCAGCAUAGUUUAAGCUAAACAACAAGUUACUUCCUUGGGAAGUAAGGGACAGAGCUCCCCAGAAGACAGUGCCACUGCUGCUUAUUUCAAGGACUCAAGACCAAAGGUAUAUCAGAAUUGUUAAGGGGGAAAAGCCUGUGGGGUUUGCUGAUUCCAGCGGCUUUUGAAGACUAGUUGGCCUUCCAGGGUCCCCCUGGCCCAACCUCAGGAAACUUCUGUUUCUCUUAAACCUCAUGGUGGCUGUUAUCCCUGCACUCUGGAACGAGACAGUAGGUCAGAGCUGGAGGUCUGUGGCCAAGCAGCCUGUGACCUGCUGGCCAGCAGGAGACUUGUUACCGGCAGAGAUCCAGGCUUGUGGCAGCCUGGUCACCUCGGGGCCAGCCCUGGAGUCAGCUGCGUCUUUCUAAGCUUGCCCGUCCCAGAAAUGUGAAAUGGGACCCGAUUCUAAUGGAUGUGGCACAGGAAGAAGGCUGUCAGGGUUUUUCAUGUCCUUUACUUACAGUCGAGAACACUUCAGGGACGGGAAAAGAGUUCUUUCCUACCCCCUCCUUAUGAUUCAUGGGCUGUGACAGCCACCUUAGGCCCACGGGAUGAAAAUUAGUGCACGGGGAUCGUAAGGGUCAGGUCUCUAAUGUUACUGAGCUCCUGGGUGAACUCGAAAUCUUCCUCCACAUCCUAUGGAAGAAUAAAAUUUCUUUGUCCAACUCAACCUA